AUGACGGAUUAUAGUCUCAAGCGGACCAGAAGCGUUGUCUUGCCUCGCUCUCGUUCUCUCGAACGUCCUCGCUUAUUGGUUACUCGUACUGCCUCUGUUCCGGAUUUGACUGCUUACUUCCGUCACAGUGACAAGUACAAGCCUCAAUGGCAUACCGUCUACCAGACUGUCCCAUACCGCUGGCGUCGUGAUUGGGAUUUGUAUGAUGACUACUGGUACGAUCGUUACUAUUAUUUCUCACCAUUGUACACAUCAUACAUGUACCCCAAGAGACGCUACUACUACAGCGACUACCUUCCCAACCCCUACUACUGGAGCACAGCCUCAUCCUACUGGACCAGAUACAAGGGAUACACGUAUGACUACGAUUAUCCAUCAUACUCUCGCCGUUAUACCAACAGUGCCUUCUACAGAUACUUGAACUCCACCUACACCCCCUACAGAUCCUAUCUGAUGGAUUCCUUAUCAACAUCUCUUGGAAGAGGAUUAUCUAUGUAUAAGGCUGGUUUAAUCCCAUAUCGCACGCUUGAUACAUAUUGGCUUACACCUAGCUAUUGGGAUCGUCGCUUUAAAGAUUGGAGAGAGCUCUAUUGUACUACCAAAGAUAUUUAUCUUCCAACAACUUAUGAUAGAAAAGCUAGAUCAUACUUCGCUACUUGGUCAACUUAG